AUGGCUGGGACUUGGCUUCUGCUACUCCUGGCCCUUGGGUGUCCAGCCCUGCCCACAGAUCUUAUUUCCUUCCCUUCCUCCCCAGAGGUAACCGCUCUCCUGAGGCUGGCACAACAAGGUAUGAGUGGCACACCCUUCCCCUCUCUGGCCCCACCAAUCACCCUGCUGGUGGAUGGGAAGCAGCAGACACUGGUGGUCUGCCUGGUCCUUGAUGUUGCCCCUCCUGGCCUUGAAAGCACCAUCUGGUUCUCAGCUGGAAACGGCAGUGCACUGGACGCCUUCACCUACGGCCCUUCCCCAGCAGCAGACGGCACCUGGACUAGCUUGGCCCAGCUCUCUCUGCCCUCUGAGGAACUGGCGGCCUGGGAAACCUUGGUCUGCCACACUGGGCCUGGAGUUGGGGACCACAGCCGGAGCACACAGCCCCUACAGCUUUCAGGAGAGGCUUCCGCAGCCAGGACCUGCCUCUGGGAGCCUCUCAGGGGAACAGCGGGCCAGGCGCUGCUGCUGGGGGUGCUGCGGCUGCUGCUCUUCAAGCUGCUGCUGCUGGACCUGCUGCUGACCUGCGGCCGCCUCCGCGCCCCGCCCGCCGCGGGGGACCCGGCCAGGCCGCCUGGCCCGCGGGACCCCGGGCUCGCCGCGCCGCGCACUGCCCCGCGGCCCGACCGCCCUCUCCGCCCGCAGCCUCCGCCGCGGGGCGAGCCCUCAGCCCCCAGCAGCGCCGCAGCCUGGAGGCGGCCGCGGGGUUCACAGCCUCCGUCCGGGGCGGGAUCCCUGGCGCUCAGGCUGGGAGGGGACGCUCUCUACCGACCAACUUUGGCCCUGGAGCUCCCGACCCUCCCGCUGCACUCCUGCCUCACGCCUUACGGCCUUUGUAUGUGA